AUGGCUACUGUGAACAACUGGCUCGCUUUCUCCCUCUCCCCGCAGGAGCUGCCGCCCUCCCAGACGGACUCCACCCUCAUCUCCGCCGCCACCACCGACGACGUCGCCGGCGAUGUCUGCUUCAACAUCCCCCAAGAUUGGAGCAUGAGGGGAUCAGAGCUUUCGGCGCUCGUCGCCGAGCCGAAGCUGGAGGACUUCCUCGGCGGCAUCUCCUUCUCCGAGCAGCAUCACAAGGCCAACUGCAACAUGAUUCCCAGCACUAGCAGCACAGCUUGCUACGCGAGCUCAGGUGCUACCACCGGCUACCAUCACCAGCUGUACCACCAACCCACCAGCUCCGCGCUCCACUUCGCGGACUCCGUCAUGGUGGCCUCCUUGGCCGGCGUCCACGACGGCGGUGCCAUGCUCAGCGCGGCCACCGCUAAUGGUGGCGCUGGCGCUGCCAGUGCUAAUGGUGGCGGCAGCAUCGGGCUGUCCAUGAUCAAGAACUGGCUGCGGAGCCAACCAGCUCCCAUGCAGCCGAGGGUGGCGGCGGCUGAGAGCGCGCAGGGGCUCUCUUUGUCCAUGAACAUGGCGGGGGCGACGCAAGGCGCCGCUGUCAUGCCACUUCUCGCUGGAGAGCGCGUCCGGGCGCCCGAGAGUGUGUCGACGUCGUCGGCACAGGGUGGAGCCGUCGUCACGGCCCCGAAGGAGGAUAGCAGUGGCAGCGGUGUUGCGGCCAGCGCCGGCGACCUGGUUGCCGUGAGCACGGACACGGGUGGCAGCGGCGCGUCGGCUGACAACACGGCAAGGAAGACGGUGGACACGUUCGGGCAGCGCACGUCGAUUUACCGUGGCGUGACAAGGCAUAGAUGGACUGGGAGAUAUGAAGCACAUCUGUGGGACAACAGUUGCAGAAGGGAAGGACAAACUCGCAAGGGGCGUCAAGGUGGCUAUGAUAAAGAGGAGAAAGCCGCUAGGGCUUAUGAUCUGGCUGCUCUUAAGUACUGGGGUCCCACAACAACAACAAAUUUUCCAGUGAGUAACUACGAAAAGGAGCUGGAAGAUAUGAAGCACAUGACAAGGCAGGAGUUUGUAGCGUCUCUGAGAAGGAAGAGCAGUGGUUUCUCCAGAGGCGCAUCCAUUUACAGGGGAGUGACUAGGCAUCACCAACAUGGAAGAUGGCAAGCACGGAUUGGACGAGUUGCAGGGAACAAGGAUCUCUACUUGGGCACCUUCAGCACGCAGGAGGAGGCAGCGGAGGCAUACGACAUUGCGGCGAUCAAGUUCCGCGGCCUCAACGCCGUUACCAACUUUGACAUGAGCCGCUACGACGUGAAGAGCAUCCUGGACAGCAGUGCGCUCCCCAUCGGCAGCGCCGCCAAGCGCCUCAAGGAGGCCGAGGCCGCCGCGUCCGCGCAGCAUCAUGCGGGCGUGGUGAGCUACGACGUCGGCCGCAUUGCGUCGCAGCUCGGCGACGGCGGCGCCCUGGCGGCUGCGUACGGCGCGCACUACCAUGGCGCCUGGCCCACCAUCGCGUUCCAGCCGACCGCGGCCACGGGCCUGUACCACCCGUACGCGCAGCCGAUGCGUGGGUGGUGCAAGCAGGAGCAGGACAACGCGGUGAUCGCGGCGGCGCACAGCCUGCAGGAGCUCCACCACCUGAACCUUGGUGUCGCCGCCGGCGCGCACGACUUCUUCUCGGCGGGGCAGGUGGCUGCGAUGCACGGCCUGGGUAGCAUGGACAAUGCAUCACUCGAGCACAGCACCGGCUCCAACUCCGUCGUCUACAACGGGGUUGGUGAUAGCAACGGCAGCACCGUCGUCGGCGGCGGUGGCUACAUGAUGCCGAUGAGCGCUGCCGCUGCGACGACCACCACGGCAAUGGUGAGCCACGAGCAGGUGCAUGCACGAGCACAGGGGGACAACGGCGAAGCCAAGCAGGCUGCACAGAUGGGGUACGAGAGCUACCUGGUGAACGCGGAGAACUAUGGUGGCGGGAGGAUGUCUGCGGCCUGGGCGACUGUCUCAGCACCACCUGUGGCGGCGGCGGCAAGCAGCAACGACAACAUGGUCGACGUCGGGCAUGGCGGCGCGCAGCUCUUCAGUGUCUGGAACGACACUUAA